CGCAGCGCCGGCAUGGCCUGGGCGCUGAAGCUGCCUCUGGCUGACGAAGUGAUCGAGUCCGGGCUGGUGCAGGACUUCGACGCCAGCCUCUCGGGCAUCGGCCAGGAGCUGGGCGCCGGAGCCUACAGCAUGAGCGAUGUGCUGGCCCUGCCCAUCUUCAAGCAGGAGGAGGCCUCGCUGCCGGCCGAGCCCGAGGCCAAGCUGCUGCCCUUCCAGUACGUGCUCUGCGCUGCCACCUCCCCGGCCGUCAAGCUGCACGAGGAGACCCUCACCUAUCUCAACCAGGGGCAGUCGUACGAGAUCCGGAUGCUGGACAACCGGAAGCUGGGAGAGCUGCCGGAGCUCAAUGGGAAGCUGGUGAAGAGCAUCUUCCGGGUGGUGUUCCACGACCGGCGGCUGCAGUACACUGAGCACCAGCAGCUGGAGGGCUGGCGCUGGAGCCGCCCCGGGGACAGGAUCCUCGACAUCGACAUCCCCAUGUCCGUGGGCAUCAUCGACCCCCGAGCCAACCCCACCCAGCUCAACACAGUGGAGUUCCUCUGGGACCCCUCCAAGAGGACUUCUGUCUUCAUCCAGGUGCACUGCAUCAGCACGGAGUUCACGCCGCGCAAGCACGGCGGCGAGAAGGGCGUGCCCUUCCGCGUGCAGAUCGACACCUUCCGGCAGAGCGCCGGCGGCCACUACGCCGAGCACCUGCACUCCGCCAGCUGCCAGAUCAAGGUCUUCAAGCCCAAGGGAGCUGACAGGAAGCAGAAGACAGACAGAGAGAAGAUGGAGAAGAGAACUCCCCACGAGAAGGAGAAGUACCAACCCUCCUAUGAGACCACCAUCCUCACUGAGUGCUCUCCCUGGCCUGACAUCAGCUAUGUCAGCAGCUCUCCAUCCCCAGGCUUCAGCAGCUCCCACAGCAGCUUCUCACUGGGGGAAGGCAAUGGGUCUCCAAACCACCAGCCUGAGCCACCGCCCCCCAUGGCAGAGCACCUGCUGCCCACCAGCAGCCCCCAGGAGGCUCAGCAGUGGCUGCACCACCAUCGCUUCUCAGCCUUCUCUCGGCUGCUCAGGAACUUCUCAGGAGCAGACCUGCUGAGGCUGAGCAGGGAGGAUGUGAUCCAGAUCUGCGGCCCCGCAGAUGGCAUCCGGCUCUUCAACGCCCUCAAGGGCAGGGUGGUGAGGCCCAGGCUGACCAUCUACGUGUGCCAGGAGUCCCAGCAGCUGAGGCAGAAGCAGGAGGAGGCAGAGGGCAGCAGCUUCUUUGUGUACCACGCGCUGUACCUGGAGGAGCUGACGGCCCCGGAGCUGGCCGGGAAGCUGGCUCAGCUCUUCAGCAUCUCCUGCCGGCACAUCGGCCACCUCUACAGGCAGGGCCCCACCGGCAUCCACGUGCUGCUCACCGACGAGAUGAUUCGGAACUUCCAGGAUGAGUCCUGCUUCGUCCUGGACACCAUGAAAGCUGAAGCCGGAGACAGCUUCCACAUCCUGCUGAAGUAG